CUGGAAGGUGACUUGGUCUACCUCAACGCAUCCACGCUGACAUCCCUUCGUGACCGCCAUGUCGCCUACAUCAGCUGCGACCUCGAGCAUUACCCUACCAACAGCGCCGAUCCCGCUCUCGACAUGUUGAAGCGCGCCAUGGACGCCGUGAACCUCUCGGCAGCUGUCUUCUUCAGCACCACGCACAACUUCUGCAGCUACACCGAAGUCCCUGUGCUCCCGCACGAGUUCCCCGUCUACUCCAUGACGGACCGCAAUGUCUCGGCUGAUGUGCUGAGGGUAGUCAACGACAUCAACCCGGCCCUCAUCUAUCUGGUGCACAUCCGCAGCAUCGAGCGUCGCCAGGAGUCGCAACCAAACAAUCCGCUGGGGCCCUCUCCUUCGACCGCCGUCGCCAUGAUUAUCCUAUAUUCCAUCACGGGGCUCGUUACCUCCUUGUUCCUCGUCAUCAUCGUCGCAGGUGCCGUAAGGGCCCAUCGUCAUCCCGAACGCUAUGGCCCACGAGAUAUCCUUGGACGCCCCCGGCAGAGUAGGGCCCGAGGGCUGGGAAGGGCCAUUCUGGACACGAUACCGAUUGUCAAGUUUGGCGAGCGCGAGCCCCAAAAGCCGACCGAUGUCGAGAUGGGACCAAGACGGGAGGUAAGCGACGCGGAGCCUGUCGAGGGUGUGAUGACAGAGCCAGAUCAAGCCCGGAAUCAAGGAAACGCUCAAACCCCCGAACCUGCUGGUAGAACGGCCAGCCCUGGAGAACCCGAACAGGCCCGAGAGGGGAAUGUUUCGGAGGAACGAUCCGGUAUUGCACCCGCCGAGUCUAUGGGGGCGACGAGGGAAGGCGCUGCAGAGGAAGAGAGCCUGGGAUGCGCUAUAUGCACCGACGACUUUGUGAAGGGGCAGGACCUCCGGGUGCUGCCUUGCGGGCACAAGUUCCACCCCGAAUGUGUCGAUCCCUGGCUCUUGAAUGUCUCUGGAACAUGUCCCAUGUGCCGGGUCGAUUUGCGUCCAAGCACGUCGCGCAGCUCGAACGGGCAUGGGGAUACGGACCAGGAUGGGCUGGCACCUCCAUUGCAGCCCGACGAUGGGGAUGGUGCGCACCGGCGGAGGUCGGGGCUGCGGGACAUUGUGCUCUUCCGCAACCGGCCCCAUGCCUCCGCCGAGGAGCGCAUCUCUGCCCUUCGCCGUCUGCGGGACCAACGUCGCGUCGAGCAGGCAAACACGCAAAGCAGCGCGGAAGUGGGGACAGCCGACCAACGACGGAGCAGAAGGUUAAGUGCACGUUUGAGCGACGUUUUCAGCUCGCGGACGAGGCGGCAGCAUGGGUCGCAGGAGCGCCAGGAGCGCCAG